AUUCACAGUGCUGAGUACAAAAUACAGAAAUAAAUGACAUACAGAUAACAAAUUGCAAAACAGUACAUAAAAUAAAAUAGGAGAAAACACAAGAAAUUCCUUACAUGUAUUUACCCCAUAUAGAAUUCUUUCUGGAGUGUUAGAUGGUAUAGGUCUCCUAGAAGUUGCUGACAAAAGAAAAAUGAAUAACUGACUGGAUAGUCCAGCACCCUCAUUAAUAUAUCUAAACUAGUUGUUUCUCAGUGGGCAGACCCCUGGGGGGGGAUCAGAGGGGGUUGGUCUGGCAGUCUAUUGCCCACUCUAUGAAAUUCCUUGUGUCCAGCUCUGGUGAUGGCUAUCUAGAUGUUUUAUGGUCUAGGCCUGGUGCCAGAUCAAAGACCACAAUAAAAGUCAUCCCAAGGUUUAGAAAAAAAAACAACUCUUAACAUAUAUCAAUACAUCAAACACCAACUCAUGCUUUUGGCAUGACAGGAGGGUCCACCCAAACUCCUCCCACGCCGAUGUCAUCUGGCGGGGAGACCUAUUGAGCAUGCACGGCCACCAGUGGGAGAGACCUAAUUCGCAUGACCUGCCAAUAGGAAAGCAUUGAAAAGUGCUUUCAGAUGGGGAUUUCAGCGACGCUGGAGGUCCUCACAUAGGGUGAGGACGUCCAGUGACGCUAUAGCACACGAAAUGUGCCCUCUAGUGGCUGUCUAGUAGACAUCCACUAGAGGAGGAGUUAACCCUGUUUAUGAAAACUGCAAUAAUUACACUUGCAGGGUUAAGGGUAGUGGGAGUUGGCACCCAGACCACUCCAAUGGGCAGAAGUGGUCUGGGUGCCUGGAGUGUCCCUUUAAGCUGUAGUUGUUCUGGUGACUAUAAUGUCCCUUUAACUAACUAGAACAUGUGACAGAACCCUUAUUGCAGCCUGAUUCACAUUUAAAGUUGUCAAAUCAAUCGUUUUUCAUAGUGAAGCAUUGUGAAACAUGGCGCAUGUGAAAUGAUCCAUGCAAUCUGUCAAUUUAAUACAUCUAAUAGAGAACGAAUGGAUGCACACCAUGCGCUCAACAUCAUCAUGCAUUCAGCAAAAUGGUUACAGAUAUAAUAAUAGUUACUGAAUCUAGUUCAGUCAAAAAGCCCCUAGCGAAAAGGUAAUUGCAACAUGUACGGUUUCUCAAACAUGUCAAUUUCCACUUGCAAUGCUGCACGGGCAGCAUCUUUGCCCCAAAAUCACUUGAAGGAACACCAUCCACAAACACAUGCCCGCUGUAGUUGUUAUGAUGUCAAGAAAUCCUCUAAGAGUACGUAGUCACAUAGUUUGACAAAUUACUUGGAUCCUCCAAGGCACCUACAGCCCUUCUUCUGAAAGGACAAUCUACUUAUCUCCACUGAGCUAACUGGGGCUACUCUCAGCCAGUGAGAGGCGUCUUGUAUUACGCCGUGCUUCUUCAGGAGUCAGCCAGACGCGGUGUUGCUGUCCAGGUAAAUUUUCAAACCAUUCUUAAAAGGUUUUUGCCAUGGUGCUCCUGGCACCAUGACCUCUGCAGCUGUAGUGCUUGCAGUUUUCCUUUAGGGUGGCAUGGUUUGAUUUUACUUUCUUUGCAACUGUAGGAGUGCCUGACGGAUGCUUUGACUCUUAAAGUGACACUAUAAUCACCCACACCAAGUGUCCUGGGUGCAGAGUCCCUGUCCCCCUGAGUCCUGCAAUGCAAAACAUUGCAGUUUUAAAGAAAUUCCGAUAAUUACUUCGCAGGAAUAAUUAAGCCUGUCACUCAGACAGCCACUGGGGGCCCCCCUAAAUGACGCUGGCAUCCGGCAUUAGUAAAAUCCAACUAGGAAAGUAUCAAAGCAAUGAUUUCCUAUGGGGAGAAUCCAAUGUGUUCGCGGUGCGUGCGCACUGCCCUCCUCGUCUAAUAACAUCAGAGAACGCGGAGCGUCAAGGAAUAGGGCGAGUAAAGAUUUUUUUUUUUUACCCUUUAGUUGCUAUGGGGAGAGAGGGCAGCCAGUGUUCACUAUAGUGUAAUGAACACACAUUUCUUUUACUGGGGUGUUGGAAUGGGGAUUGCCAGGGCACCAUAACCACUGCCGCCCGCUGUCGUAGUUUUGUUGCUCAGUCCCUUUAAGAAGCCAGCUCCAGCGUCAUUGAAUUCUACACAAAGCGCCGUAAGCCAGGACACUCGUGCCUCCCCCCUCGCAGUUAGAGCCAGCCGCAGCAUGGCUCCUCGAGCCGGCCCGGCCGUUGGGGGAUUUUUUUUUAAAGCCGGAGAUGCUCCUCGGGCAACGUGCGCGUGCCACCAGCCUAAGCCGCCCCCCCGGGAACGCUCGCGAGCUCUAAGGACAUUGCUCUCCCCCUCCCACAACCUCAGUGGCAACUUCCCAGCAUUGCGUCUUGACGUCAUCGGCCAGGGCGUUCGUAUUUAACAGGACGGCCCGGCUCUUUCCGGCGUUCAGUUGGGAGCAGCAUCUCGCACUGUUCGCGUCGUGCGUUAUAGCGUCUUAAAAGGCUAGACAAACGGCAUUAUUUAGGGAUAACAGCAGCUAUCUUUAUUACAUAUUAUUAUUUUUUUUUGUUUUCUUUGUGUUGUAACCGUAAAAAAAAAAAAAAAAAAGACCUCGGCAGCAAUAACCGCCCGACCGACAUCUACCGAAAGAAUAGCCGAUCCUCGCCCGCCUUCCCGAUACUACGUGUCCGUGAAUUCCAGCUCGAGCGAUCCCGGCCUUCCUACACUUUAGUUAUGAGUCAUGUGGCCAUCGAAAAUGUCCAUGCUUUAGAUCAGCAGGUCAGUAUGAGCGGGCUCGGGGGGCAGACAAUGGCGGCCUAGUCCCCGCCGCCGCCUGAGUGCGCACUUACAUAAUGCCGGGCCAUCCGGCCCCCUCCCCCACCCACCCCCUCCCUCCCUCCCCGGGAUCAGCCCUCUCCGGCCAGCCCGGCACGGCCUCCAUUUUAUCUCCCAGUAGUGGCUGCCGGUAAAUGCCGGUGCGUCACUGAGGGCCGGGUCACUGAUCUCGGCCGGUUCCUGGUCUCCGGUGGGGGGGAGGGGCCCCGGGAGGCCGUGCCGGUGGCUGUUAGCCCGGGUGGCGAGCCGAUGGGCCGGUUCUCCCCGCGGUGUGAGAGGGGGGAGCUGUAGGCCUUGCUGCGGCAUUCACACAAUGGCGGCCUUUGUGAGAGGAAGGGGGGGGAGGGGGAGACACGCAGUAGGGUUAUCCCAGUAACCCUGGGCCUGGGCUUCCUCCUCGCACCAUAACCACCGCGCUCACUGCGGGGACUGACCGAUUAUAUCGAUUUAUUUAAUAUUCUCCUAGUGUGUGGGGGGUUUAUGGAGCAGGAUAUUCCGGAGUAAUGUAAACAGUUCGGGAUUUCCUGCUCAGCUUUACGUGUUAUAUCGGGUCAGUGUCGGCAUCAAACUACAGCUUUAUUAUUGGGCAUUUAAUUACAAUCUAGACACAGGAUCCAUUUAUAUAUAUAUCGUUAUAUACACACGGUUAAUGUUGAUUGGGAUGUGCGCAGUGGAGGCUGCGAUGAGCUCAGUGCUGUACAACGUGCUCUGUUAGGCCUGGGCACCAGACUUGCCUGGAUCCUUUAUUAAUAAAGGUUUUAGAGCAGGUUUUUAAUACACUUUUAGAUUUCCUCCAAUUGGAAUAGCCUCCCAUACCCAUGCUAUAAACUUGGCCUAUAGUAUAAAUGAAUCCGUUUCCUGCGAGUAGAUGCUACACUGUUUGUAGCCGUCGAUUAACUUGUAUUUUUUUGUGUGUGUAUGUGGAGGUGCUGUGUAUUCUACAAUAUACCACAUCACCACUUUAUAAACCCAUGAGUAACUUUACAUUCCACUGAAAUUGACGUUUAGUCUAGAAUCACUGACUCAUAAUUUCCUUUAGCCAUUGGCAACUGAUGGCUUUAACCUUCUGUGCAGGCUUGUAGUGUAGUACAGCUCGAAACUUUUCAGUUCUACACUUGAUCUGUUCUGGUUAAUUCUAGUAUUUCUAGAUAGUUUUGAUGUAAUAGGUUUUGGUAGUCUAUUUUUACAGGGUUAUUUGAAGUACAAAACUGGAAAAUAUCCAGUUUUCAAUUUGUCUUCAAUCUGGAAUUUAUAUCAAAUUAUUGACAGUUCACACUUUUAUGAAUCAUUAGCUAUGAAAUAUUAGCCUACCAAUUAAAAGGGAACAUGAGACAUCACAAAUUUACUCAAGAUCAGCUUUUUACAAAAAAUAAAUGUUUUCCUCCAUGGUUCAGAACAGGGAAUGUGUUGUGACUGUACCCAUCUUGGGUGUAAGAACUUGACUUUUUUGAGAUCAUGAAACUACCAUAGUGUUGCACUGUACAACUAAAUAGGAAUUAUACCACACCGCGCAUGCAGAGUUGGGUUUUAGAUUUUUUUUUUUAAAUGCUCAAAGUGGCACUGUCACCAUCGGGGGACUUCACUGAAUUCAUAAAGACCCCGUGAUGUCACUGCUGGCGUUCCAGUGGCUGGGGUGGUAGAAAAAGGUGAGACUUGCCUUUCCCUUGGAGGCUUGUCCAUCUUGUUACGGCAGGUUUACUUCAGAAGCACCACUAGAUGACGUCCCUGUCGUACUCUUGCACAAGAGUAAAGCAAUGAGGUAUGUGGAGGAUCCCACGGGAUCCUUCAUAGACCUAGCCAAUUCCCUGUCUUUGGAUUGACACUGUACCUUAGAAAGUCAGGCAGAGGAAAUACACUACUUUUGACUCUGUAUAUCUCUUGUCUGGAUUGGAAUUUCAGUGACUUUAAAUUACUAGGGUACUUAAACGGUACAAGAAUUUUGGAGUCUGCCCCACCUGAGAGGUCACUCAGUGGUGCCAAAGGUUUAAAUGGGUUUGUAAAGAGUUUGGGAGUGUAACUGACACCAUAUGUCAGGAUGCAGUAAGGCCUGGGGAAGCACAGGGCUAUUAGCUACCGUGUGAAUAAAACUGAAUUUUAUAUUUAAAGGAUUCCUGCGCUCAAUUUUACAUGGUUUUUAUAUAUUUGCCUAUAUAUAUUGUUAGCACGUGUAUAUAGUUUGGGAGGAAAAACCUAUAUAAAAACUGACAUUGACAUGACUGCCAAGGGGGAGCAGAAAGGACCACCAUAGCGCAUGCACUACAGUUGCAAUGCAAACUCCCUAGCAGGCGUUACUAGUGCUACCUAUGGACUUUGAAGCGGAGUACCUGAUGUCACUCUGAUCAUAAGCCAGCAGGAUGGCAACUAGGCCAGUGUUGGCACUGCUGAGGAUGUUUGCCCUGCUUGGGGAUACAUAUCCCAAGCAGGGCAAAUCACAUAAGCAGGAUACGGACUGGAGGUGUUACAUUAAUAGUAACGCCCAUAAAAAAUAGUGGCGCAGCAAGGUAAGGUGGAUAAAUCUAUUCUAGAUUGAAUACACAAUGUAGCAUGCAAAAAAUUGGGGACAUUUUAGCCAAAAUGUAAACUUAGAGUAAAAGUUCACUGUCAGGCCAGGGUAGCCAAAUCGAAAACAUAGCUGACGUAUAUAAUUUAAGGUUCAGCUUUUUUUUUUUUUGUAGCUUACACUUUAGAACUUGCUUUGAAUUUUUACUUUAGUGAAUAACCCUCACAAUUUUUAACUCAACAAGGUGAUGUGUCAAAGGACUCAUUGCACUAUGUACAGUGAGCACUAACGGAUACAGUGCCACUUGUUUUAAGUUGUAUGUAAGCUAUAGUCCUUGGUUUUUGUUCAUGUAGCUACUAACUUGCGCAUAUUAUCUACAUGAGGGAUCACAAACUGCCAUCCUGGGUGUUAUUGUUUUGAGUGCAAUGAUUUCCAGAGUGUCUUGGGAGUUGUUCAGCAACAUCUGGAGGAAGGCAUUUUAAAUGAACUAUAAAAACUAUACUAGAGGCCUUUACUUAUGAAGACUUGCCAACAUUGUCAAAUGGUCAUCUGGGCUGUCAUUAGAACCUGGUACCACUGCAAAUGUUGCUGUAUGUGGAAUACCUGGAUCCAUCAGCUCACCCUGCUUGGUGGCAUAUAACUUAAGAAAUUAGUGAAUAGCCUAUGCAGUGUCUCUUUAUAAAUAGCGGUUUUGUUUUAAGCUCUGCUGCAUACAAGAGCACUUUUUGAACUACAUAGUAAAUAGCUUUGUACCACUCUGUAUUUGGAUAUUCAAAGUGGGAUGAUAUCUCCUUUUUUUUGGGUCUGGCAUCCAUUUUGUCUUUUUUAAUACCUUGGUUGUAUCUUCAGUAGCAAUAAUAAAUGCAACCAGUAGAGGUCUCUUACUCUAGCAAAGCGAAGUUAUUCUACAUAAUGCAGUAAUACUGUGGUCCAAGUGUUUCUUGCUCAAACAAUUGAUCAAAUCAGUGAUGGAUAGCUUUAGGUACUCCAGCUGUUCUGUUGUAAAGUUUAAAAUGCAUCUAUUUCUCAAGAUGGCUCAGAUAAGUUUUAUAGAUGUAGAAUCUAUUGGAAAUAAAAUUCUAUCCUUAUACUGCACUUGUACUAUACCAACUUACUUAGAAUUACUUAGAGAAAGCAAGUUAGAAUGCAAUCCGUUAUGACUAUAUGAAGGCAAAUGUAAAAGUAACCCUGUUUUCAACUUUAUUUUGUAGUUUGCUGGCCUGGGCUUGAACGCUGACGAACAAAGUGGUGGUGCAGCAACUAGUAAGUAAUCUUUUUUUGUGUAUGUGUAUAUGUACAUUAAAUGAAAAUAGCUUUUUUUUUUUCUCCCUUUAAAAUUCGCUUAUUUUCUUACCCCCAGAAGGCCGUUACAUUCCCCCACACUUAAGAAACAAAGAGGCUUCAAGACAAGGUAAGUCGCCCCUCUCUAUCAAAAUGAACACAUUCAUGAAUAGCAAGAACUGAUUUGACAUUGUCCUAAGUUCAGAUUUGCAACAAAUUCAAAACUGUUAAACUUUAUCCAUCUCAUUUUGAACAAGCCACGUUUGUAGGAAAUUCCCAAGAAGUCUGUCUGAAAAGGGUGGAAAAAAUAACUGUUUGCUACAGUGACUUGUGAUUUCAUGACAGAAUGCUAAAAUUCCUGCAAAAAUAGCAUUUUGUAUAUUUUUCAGAUGUAAUGUUCAGCCUUUUUCUUGUGCAGCUUGCCAACUAUUGUAGUGAUUACACUUAUUGUUGGUAACCCAAUCAUGAAUACUGUUUUUUGCUUUUUUCUUUCUCCCUCCUGGAGACUCAUACUCCAAGCCCAUACUAUGCCAAUGUCGCAAAGUAAUUAGAUCUAUACUAUAUUGGCAUUAUCAGGGUUAAAAUUGGUCUACUCACAGCAGAUGUAAUCAGUUUCCUGUGCAGUCAUCAUACUGUGAUUUGUGUCCAACGUGAUGCUUCUCAUUCAGAAAUAUUGGGACACACACUGCUUUUUAUACAGAAGCAUCAAAUCAAUGCAAACUGGAAACUGAAUGCAAACUUCCUUGGCGCUGGGGACUCUCCUCCUUCUGAUGUCAUCAUCUGAAUGCGCAUGCACGGCAAGAGCCGCGCGCAUUCAGCCAGUAGGAAAGCAUUCUCAAUGCUUUCCUAUGGACGCUGGUGUCUUCUCACUGAAAAUCAGUGAGAAGCACCUCUAGUGGCUGUCAGUGAGACAGCCACUAGAGGCUGUAUUAACCCUAAUGUAAACAAAGCAGUUUCUCUGAAACUGCUAUGUUUACAGCAGGCAGGGUUAAUCCUAGAUGGACCUGGCACCCAGACCACUUCAUUAAGCUGAAGUGGUCUGGGUGCCUAUAGUGGUCCUUUAACUACUGUUAUUGGCUGUAGGUUAGUAGCUGGUACAUUACCUAUUAAACACCGUUUAUAGUUCCUUCCAAGUAAAAUUCUUUUUGUUGCCCAAAAAAUAACUUACACUUCCAGAUCCACAUUUAGUGAUGCAGUAGGAAUGGCACAUGUCCUUUCUUUAGGACAGGGGUUCCCAAUUAAUUUUCCCAUGGAACACUUUGACAUGGUGUAUCAACAUUGUGGAACAUCUCACUGACACGUUGGUGGAGAGCUAAGCAGGGAGAUUGCCGCUCACAGCCAUUUUGUUUUUAGAUAUUUUGUUUUUAGAUAUUUUGUUUUUAGAUAUUUUGUCUGGAACACAAACUGGGAAACGCUGCUUUAGUAUAGCCGUUCAGUCGAUGGUAAUGCUUCUAUUAAAACCUGUAGCUUACUUACAGAAUAUUGAUCUGGCAGUGGUGGUAAACGAUAUGCAGUUGGUAGGUCAAAAAUUAUCAUUAAAUUCAUCAAUAUGCUCUCCAGACCUUAGUGCGAGUGUGUGUGUAUAUAUCAAACUUUAUUUAAUGCCCCUAUUCUCUUAAAGGUCACUUUAUGCAGUGAUGCAAAAAUUAAAAUUUAAGUUAUGGUAGAGUAACUGAAAAUACUUAAAGAUUUAUUGUUAUGUAGGUUAUCCACGGUGUCAGUACCCAGCUGUAGAUGUAUAUAAGGGCUACGGUGACUGGUGGUCCCAAAGAACUGGUACGGUUACCUGUCAUGGUGUGUUGGCUGUACAAUAGCUUGGCCUGCAUAAGCUAUAGCCAUUGAGCUGCCUGUGAAUUGCAGUGAGAGCCUAAGUGUUCAGCAUUAACAAAUCUUGUUCUGAGCACACAGACUGGCUUCAUUACUUAAUAUCCUAUUGUCUUGAGGUAUGAAGCUUAUAAAGCAGACACUUUCUGCACCAUACAUAGACUAAAUUCUAUGUCUUGUACAGGUUGACUUUUUUAUUUAUCUUUUUAUUAUUUUUUUGUUUAAAUUUCAAAACAAUCUGUACCCUCUAAAUUUAAAGACCAGCUGCAAUGCAGGCAUACUCUGAACUGUCAAGCUUUUUAUGAAAUGUUAGCUUUUCUAAAUAUUCAAACCUAAUUAAAACCAUUAUUUUUAAUUCACUUUGAAUCAGUUGAUUUUUCUCACUUGUAAGACACUGAUAUCAGAUAAAUGUACUAUACUAAUGUGCAUGUAAGAUUUAUUUGUGGGGUUUUGUCAGCUUGCUUUAGCUUGCUUUUAGACACUAGUUAUAUUUUGGCCAUGUGACACAUUUGGGUAAAAUUCAGGUUUAAAUUUUUUUAACAUUUUUGUCAAACUGUUCAUUAAAUUCACUUUUUUCUGACCUAAAGAUUCAAAUUGGGACUCACGUGGGGGUAAUGGCUACAUUAAUGGAACCGAUGGAGUAAAUGGAUGUGAUCGCAGUGGCUUUGGGAGUCGUGGUUCUGGCCGCUCAGACAGAGGUAUUGAAUGUUUAGCUUGUUUGAAUUGUGUUCAGCUCUCUGGAAUAUGUUGGUGCUUUAGAAAUGACUAAUUCACUGUUCUCACACCCCUAAAUCAGGGCUAAUCUGUGAUUAAAGGGACUCUCCAGUACCAGGAAAAUAAACCAGUUUUACUGGCACUGCGGAUCCUCCCACUCCCCCAUCCCAUGUUGCUGAAGGGGGUUAAAACGUAAUGCACAUGCGCAACAAUGGCUGUGUGCGCACAUUAGACCUCCCAACAGGAGAGCAUUGUUCAAUGCUUUCCUAUGGGGGUUCCGGUGACGCUGGAGGUCCUCGUGCAUAGUGUGACGUCCAGUGUCAUUGAAAACUUUCAUGUUCUAAGUUCUAAGAAGCCGGGGGUACCUCUAGUGGCUCUGAUAGACGGCCACCAGAGGAGGACUUAACCCUGCACGGUGGUGGUUGCAGUUUAAAAAACUCCAAUAAUUAAACUUGCAGGGUUAAGGGUGAUGGUAGUUGGCACCCAGACCACACCAAUGGGCAGAAGUGGUCUGGAGUGUUCCUUUAAACUUGCUAACAAUCGUAGUACAGCUAUCAGUUUACAGAGCAUUCAUACUGAUAGGAAACAUGCCUGCAUAAGGGAAACAUUUGAAACAAUGGAUCAUGGAAAAAAAAAAAUUUAAUUUAGGGAAGUGAGGGUAAACUUCAUUUAAAAGACCUGUAGACCAAAUAUCAGUGUACAAAAAGAUGCCUGUCUGCAAAACUUGACAGUGGAAGCUCUACUUUUUCCAAACUUUUUUGGUUUGGACCAUAAGAAAAUAGUCCCUACUUUUUUUUUAUUUUAUUUUUUUUUAUUAACAUUUCUUUGGUAUUCCAAGAAAUAAGAAUUGCUUAAUUAGAAGUUAAAAAUUUUCUUUCCUAAAUACUCCAAAUAUAUUGUGAGAGCCGCUUUAAUUUUUCUGCAUGUCAUGCUCAGUAUUUACAUUGUUACUGUAUGUAAUUGAUUUAAAUAAUCCACAUAAGACAGCCACUGGAGGCAGACUUAGUGCUACAAUGUAGCAGCACAAUGGGGACACUGCAUUCAGACCACUUCAAUAAGCUCAAGUGGUCUGGGUGCCUAUAGUUUCUUUAACCCCUUAAGGACACGUGACAUGUCAUGAUUCCAUUUUAUUCCUGAAGUUUGGUCCUUAAUGGGUUAAGCACUAAUCAAGGCAAAUACAGAACUACUUGUAUGCAUAAACAUUACUUGCGCAGUGUACAUGUACUGCAAAGGUGCAAUUAUUUUCUAGCAUAUCUAUGUAGUCAGGACUGAAAUAACAGGUAAUGAAAUGCUAACUGGAUUAGGGCUAGUCCCAUUAUCUUGAUACCGAUGGCUAUUGCGUGCAUAGUGCUUGUGUAAAUUGUUGGCCCACUACACUGACAUUCUUGGAUGUAUUAACAUAGUGUAUAAUAAGCCAUCAUGGAUCCUUUUGUUUGUUAGGUUUCUAUGACCGAGAUAAUAACUCUAGUUGGAACUCAAGAGACAAAGAUGCAUACAGCAGUUUUGGGUCUCGUGGCAAAGCAGGUGUAUUUAAUGAUAGAGGAAGUGGAACCAGGAGGUAAGAUUCUUUAUUCUUAUGGACUUUCUCAUUUUUGUUGGGGGAGGAACUUAUGGUUAAUGAGAUCUGUAGUCUUCAAUCAAAACUUUUAAUGCACUGCACAGAUGUGGGGUUUUAUAUCUAUUUUGUCUAUUAAACAAUGUUUUGUGCAACCAAGUAAGGUGAAAGCCCAUUCCUCUGCCAAAAAACCUGAGGGUAGUCCUGUGUGCUGUUCUCGCACCUUGGCCACCAUCGCAUAAACUGGUAAACAACCAAAUGUGCCUCAGGUAAGUUCACUAGAAAACUGACUUUACUUAAUAAUGUAAAGAUUAAUGGCAUGGGGAUAUUGGAUUUUAUUUUUAUUCAGGAUAAAUAUAUAUUGUACCUUCAUUAAGUCUUACUUGAAAUCCUAGUACAAUAGCACUGCAUGUCAAUGGCUUAACGUUUUUUAAAUGUGUAAUUUAUCUCUGACCUAUGCUUUGUGCUUAGAUCUGAUGACCGUCGCCCAGAUGGAUUUGAUGGAGUAAGCAGUCGUGGCGACAGAAGUGGAUUUGGUAGAUUUGACCGUGGUAGUAGCCGGUGGUCAGAUGAAAGAAACGAAGAAGAUGAUUGGUCAAAACCCCUUGCCCCAAAUGAUCGCGUUGAACAGUAAGUGUUGGAAUUCUGGUAUUUCCUGUUUUCUAAACUACUGGUGCAAAGCUGCAAUAAUCUCUCAAUUUUGUUUCAGGGAGCUCUUUUCUGGAGGCAAUACAGGCAUUAACUUUGAGAAGUAUGAUGAUAUUCCAGUUGAAGCAACGGGCAACAACUGCCCUCCGCACAUUGAGACCGUAUGUAAUUUUUCGACUUGUCCUUCAUGGGUUUUUGUCUUAAUAUGAUUAUUUAAUUGAUGUGGAACUUAGUUAACUGCAGGAGAAUGUAGAAGUUUAUAGCCUGUUUCCACACUUGUUUGACCAGGGUUCUCAGGCUUUUACUGUUCUUGUGGAUCUUUAUCUGUCCUAUAGAGAAAAUCCAAGUUGUGUCCUCUUUAGUCCUUGUGUAAAUAGGGGUGUUCUUCCAGGGCUUAAAACAUUCUACACUACUAGCCAGCCUUCAAAAGUUACUUGCGCCUGGAGGAUAAAAGCUCAUUCACCAGUGGUGAAUUUCUACUCAUACGGCUAGUGUGGCAAGUGAAAGAUUUAAGAAAGGUUUUUACACUUGUACAAUAAGAUUUUAAAUCUUUGCUCUAGAACCUGUAGGUAAAGACUUUUAUCUGACAACCCUGUAGGUAAAGACUUUUAUCUGACAACCCUGUAUCUUUGAUGUAAAGUGCUUGAGGAUUGGCUAUUAAAACAUAGCAGCAUAUAUAGUUUGAAAUGCUCACAUCCAUAUGUGUUAUGAAAGCCAGGUGAUGCUAGACUACCUAAUGUUUAACUUCACUUUGGUGUGCAAAGUAUAUUUAGAUAAAUAUAUAAUUUUUUUAAUCCUUUUCCAGUUUCAAGAUGUUCAUAUGGGAGAAAUAAUAAUGGGGAAUAUUCAACUGACAAGUUACACGCGGCCAACUCCAGUGCAAAAACAUGCCAUUCCCAUAAUCAUAGAAAAAAGGGACUUGAUGGCUUGUGCACAGACAGGUAAACCACUUGCUUCUCUCUCAAUGUGCUAAUUUGUUUUUUGCAGUCACAAUGUUUAGGUUUGUUUGAAAUGGUACUUAUGGUUUUUGAGUGGGUUUUUUUUUUUUUUUUUGACCGCAUGUUUUUGUGCACACAGGCUCUGGAAAAACUGCAGCUUUUCUUCUACCCAUUCUCAGUCAAAUCUAUGCAGAUGGUCCCGGAGAUGCUGUGAAACACUUAAAGGUAUCUACUUUUUUUUUUUUUCUUUUUCUCUUCAAUGCUUUCUGAAAUGCUUUUUAAACCACUUAAAUGUCUAGUCCAAGUAUGUUGAGUUAAUUUGUGAAGCUUUUAAAAACCCUUUUGGCAUCUGUAUGUUUAAUGUAGCCGGGAUGGUGACUUUUUCAGACCCUAAUGAGGAAGCCAGGAUUGCCUUUCCUUUGUUAGUCUUCAGUGUUUGGGUCCUUGCACCAUAACUACAGCAGGUUGUUUUGGUUAUGAUUCUUGGAAUGUCACUUUUUACAUAGGUGGAUGAUGUGAGAAAUAUUUACAGAAUUUUCAUAGCUGGCUAACUUUUUUAUAUUUAUUUUGCAGGAUAAUGGAAGAUAUGGAAGGCGCAAACAGUUUCCUCUAUCACUAGUUUUGGCUCCUACGCGUGAGCUUGCAGUACAAAUCUAUGAAGAAGCACGAAAGGUACUUAAGUGUUCUGGUGUUUAGAGAAGCACCAUUUUAAUAAGGAGCGCUGUUGUUGUAUCAGUUUUCUUGCUUUAGUCUAAAGCAUGUUUUCUUUUAAUGCAGUUUGCAUACAGAUCCAAAGUUCGUCCAUGUGUUGUAUAUGGAGGAGCAGAUAUUGGGCAGCAGAUUCGGGACUUGGAACGCGGCUGCCACUUGCUUGUUGCUACUCCAGGCCGCCUAGUAGACAUGAUGGAGCGGGGGAAAAUUGGCUUGGACUUCUGCAGGUAUGAAUUCAAACUAGUGGCUUUUGAAUUGUUCAAUCUGCAACGAUUGAACAAUAUAUGAACUACUGCUAAUAGUGUAAGCACUAAAACUUGAGUUAUACUUGCAAGUAUUGCUACUUUUUGUUGCCAUGCGCAUUCCUAUACCUUGACAGCUAGUGUUUUAUUUAUUCUUACAGAUAUUUAGUUCUUGAUGAAGCAGACAGAAUGCUUGACAUGGGUUUUGAGCCUCAAAUUCGGCGAAUUGUUGAACAAGAUACAAUGCCUCCAAAGGGUGUUCGUCAGACUAUGAUGUUUAGUGCUACUUUCCCCAAAGAAAUUCAGGUAGCUGUUUGACUCUUGUUUUUUGUUAUUUAUAGAAUGCAUUUGUCUUCGGAAUGUACAUUAACUGACAUGAAGGCCACUUGCUUAUGAUCGUUUAUUCCAUUUAGAAUGUUGCCUAAAUGGAAACUGUUUUUACAUCUGCUCCAACAGAUACUUGCUCGUGACUUCUUGGAUGAAUAUAUCUUCCUGGCAGUUGGCAGAGUUGGUUCUACAUCUGAAAAUAUUACUCAAAAAGUAGUUUGGGUAGAAGAGUUGGAUAAGCGUUCAUUUUUGCUGGAUCUCCUGAAUGCUACAGGUACAAGUUAUGUUGGUCUUGGUGGGAUAUAUUCUAAUCUCCCCCCUCCCUCCUCCAACCCACGAACACUACUUACUCCACAAAACACCAAUGCAGUAUAACUUAACUUGUAUUUAUUCUCUUAGGAAAAGACUCCUUAACACUAGUUUUUGUGGAGACCAAAAAGGGGGCAGAUGCUCUUGAGGACUUCCUGUACCAUGAAGGUUAUGCAUGCACAAGUAUACAUGGAGAUCGAUCUCAGAGAGACAGAGAAGAAGCACUUCAUCAGUUCCGUUCAGGAAAGAGCCCAAUCCUUGUUGCCACUGCUGUAAGUGUCUGCUAAAUUACAAAUCUAUUAAUUUUGUUUUAUAAAUGCUGUGACUAAAUACACUCUCUGGUAUACAGGUUGCGGCUAGAGGCCUUGACAUUUCAAACGUGAAACAUGUUAUAAACUUUGAUCUGCCGAGUGACAUUGAAGAAUAUGUACAUCGCAUUGGCCGUACUGGUCGUGUUGGUAAUCUGGGUAAGUUACUUUUCUCUGGCUAUAGUACUUCUCAAACAUUGUUAAGGAUACUUUGUCCUGUGCAUUGCUUGUAGUGUAACUUAACACUUAAUGCUGCAUGUCUAUAGUUUACCAGAUUCUGGUUGACUUGUACAUUCAAUAUAAAGCCUCUUGACUAAUCUUUUUGCAACAAAUCUCCAUAUGAUUGGAUGUACUUGGGAUAUUCAGACUAUAACAAUAGUUGGCUUUGGCAUGCAACAAACUAUUGGGUAGCUUGUACUACUACAGAAGUAGUAUAAUCUGCAUAUUGAAACCCUUCCAUCUUAUUAUAUGCAUAUGAGGACAUUUUCUUAGUUGAAUCCUUAGUCACAAGUGAUUGGCAUUAACAAAUGUAUUUUAUUUAACUGUGGAAGUAUUCUGGAAGUCAUUUGGUUAAGCUUUGGAAUUGGUGUGUGAUGUGUUGCUUUUUGUUCCUAUUUCUUAGGUCUUGCAACAUCUUUUUUCAAUGAAAAGAAUAUAAAUAUAACAAAGGAUCUGUUGGAUCUACUUGUGGAAGCAAAACAAGAAGUACCAUCAUGGCUGGAGAACAUGGCCUAUGAGCAGCAUCACAAGAGUAGCACUCGUGGCCGUUCAAAGAGGUAAAUGUCUGGUCUUUUUCUAACCUGACUGCAAAAUUAGAGAAGGAUUUCUAGUUCAACUUGACAAGUGCCUCUUUUCUGAUUCCAUAAAUUAAACAGCCAGUGAUUGCUUAUCCAUAUUAAAUAGAACUCCUGUAUCUAACGUGCAAAAUAAUAUUGCGUACAUUGAUUCUGUCCUCAUAAUCCAACCUCAGUGUUAAAUAUUUUGUGGAAAGUGUUCCUGAUUUUGUUCUUAUAUCUUUUUCUUAGUCGGUUCAGCGGUGGAUUUGGCGCUAGAGAUUACAGAACAAGCACUGGUGCACCAAAUAGCUUUGGCAGCAGUAGCCGUGGAGGACGUAGUAGUGGCCAUGGUGGAAGCAGAGGAUUUGGUGGAGGUAGGCAUGUCUUGACAAGUUUGAACAUAGUUUUUGGCAAUACUUAAUGUCAAUCUAUAAAUCUAAAAGGUGGCUGCUUAGUUGUGUGUGCGCACACCUAUUUAAAUAUUUUUAUAGGUGGUGGGGUUGGGGGCUAGUAAAGGGGCAUCUGCUGGAGCAACUUCAGAUAUGGCAGUAUCUUUGCCGGUUUGCUUUCGCCACUGCUGAAUAGUAGUUUUUCCAUCCACAGGCCAUAAGGCCUAUUAGAAUGAAACCUUUAAUAACAAAUCUUUCAUCCAGCUUUAAUAGGUAAUAUAAUCAGACCUGGUCAAAACAGUUUGUGCUGGCACGAGUGCAGGGAGAAGCUAGUACAGCCUAGUUUCAGAUUUAAAAAAAAUAAAUUCAGCUACUGGUGGCAAAUGCCAUAUUCUGAUGCACAGAUGAGCAAAGCAAACCCCUUCUGGACUUCACGUCUUGUGUGCAAUUUUUUUUAAUUUUUUUUUUUUUUUGUAGGGGUGUCCCUAGUAUUUGUAUGCUUGUUUUCAUUCUAUCUGAAACCUGUGCAAAUUUCACAUUUGUAAUAACUGCUCUUCUGUUCACAGGCGGCUAUGGGGGAUUCUAUAACAGUGACGGCUAUGGUGGUAAUUACGGUGGCAGCUCCCAAGUUGACUGGUGGGGCAACUAAAUCUCUGCAGUAGAAAUGACUCAACCAAACAAGCUAAUAUGGAAACCACAUGUAACUUAGCCAGACUAUACCUUGUGUAGCUUCAAAGAACUUGUACAUUACCAACUGUGAUUCUCCACAGAAUUUUGUUUUUCAAGGGAGCUCUGGGCCAUGAAGAUAAAUUGGGGGGGAAAAAAAGACUUACUCUGGUGUUGAAGACUUCAUUGCUGUAGUUUUGGAUUAACUCCCAAAUCCACCCCUCUCCCAACAACUGCAUUUAUUUUGACUGAGGAUAAUUUGUUUAAUGUACUGUGCCUUUAACUUUAGACAACUUUUUUUUCAUGUCCUGUUGGCUCAGUAUUGCUCAAGAUAAAGUUAUGAUAAAAUAAAUUUAUUGAACUUGGGCGAAAUCAAACCUUGGCACACAGGUGUGAUACAACUCAAAACAGGAAUCGUUUCAUUCACACACUAAUUUUACAAGGAAAAACUUGUGCAGUAAGCAUGCAUUAGGGCUUCUGUUAAUUUGCCACUUUGGGGCAAACACUUUGAAGCAUAUCAGAAAAAAUAGUUCUGAUGUGGCGAACUGUAACAAGUUAAGUUCUGAUUUGCUCACUCUAUCCUGGACAGGUACAUAGAACCUGAAGUCUUCUUAAUAAGCCAUUCCAGUCACAACGGUGUGUAUGAACGUUCAUGCAUACAAAGCACUGUUUUCAGCGAAUGCAAGAAAAUACAGCAAUUCCUUUAACAAUGUCUAGGCAGAUCAUGACUUGUGAGCUAGCCAAAUAUGGGCCGAACAUACAGGGAACAUUAAAACAAUCUGAGACUUGAAAUAGUUUGUGGGAGGUAUCAUCUUUAAAUUUAUAUAUGCCUGUCAUGAAAUGUGGCAGAAUGGCUGACCACAGCAGUAUGUGGUUCUGUGACAGGCCUGGCUGAUUUUGGUCUAAUAACGCAUGCUAGUGUUGAUGUUUUUUGGUCAAGAGGGUAUGAACAGGAAGAAUUAUGCAGCAGGCUUUAUUUUAAUGCAGAUUCACAUUACUCUGUUCAAGCUGCGUUGGGAAGUUAAACAAACAUACUUGGCUUACAGUAGACUUUGUAAAAUGGCUCCAGACGAGUAAAUUAAAUAUCAAUGGUGGUAAAAAAUGUACAUGACUGCACAAGGUGUCAAUCUGCUAACAUGUGCAGUUUAGUCAGUUUUAGUUGCAUAGGUUUCCAUUGUAUUUAGUAUGUAAAUGCUAAAUCUGGCCAAAGACUAAUUCCCAUCUUUUUUUAACACUCCAAUGCCACUUGAAAUUUAACUUACCGUAUGUAGUGAAAUUUAAAAACUUGGUGGCAUAGGAUCGGCAAAUUCUAAAGUGCAAUAUAUUAUACAUGUGUAUUGUGCCUUGCGGUAAACUUUUUGUAGGUGCACUUGACAGUAUUGAGGUCAUUUGUUAUGGUGCUAUAUAAAAUAUAGGUGGCCCUUGUACAUUUUGCCCAUAACUUUAUAGAAAACUUCUUUUAUUGCACAUAUUGAGAAUUUUUAUAAGUCUUGUGUGCGUGUCCUUUUAACCUCAAAUCUUUUUGUCUCUAGGAGAUGGGUGGGAGGGACACUUCUACAGUGUAGGGCAAGAUUGAGACUUAUUAGGGACCAGGGGUGUAUUUAGUUGGGUAAGGAAACUAUUUUGCACACAAUCGAUUUCUAGAUACUUUUUUGCUGCUAGUUUUGUGUAAUAUUUAUUGAACAUUUUGACAAAUAUUUAUUUUUGUAAGCCUAAGUGAUUCUUUGAAAGUUUAAAGAAACUUGACCAAAAGACAGUACAAAAACACUGGCACUUGAAUGUUGAAUGUCAACGUAUGCGUGAAAUUAUAUAUUUCGGGGUAGUGUGAGCUUUUAAUGUUAAGUCAUAUUAAACUCUUAAGUCAAAUUAAGCAGACCCAGUCUUGGCGAUGCAGCCAUAACUUUCUGGUGUAAUUGAAAUUAAAUUGGCAAUUUAAAAUUAAACAUGCCAAGGUUUUGAUACACUUGUCUUAAGAUAUUAAUGAAACACUUCAAAACACUGAUAUGAAGUGUCCAGAUUCUCAGAUGUUUGUUGCGUGAGUUUUGUUUAGUUGUGUGGUUUCAGUUUUUUAAUUUAAUUUUUUUUAUUUCAGUGAAUGUCUGGCACAUUGCAAUCCUCAAACAUGUGGUUAUCUUUGUCAUAAUGGAAAUAUACAGUGACUUGUCUUCAAUGAUUACAUAUUAGCAAGUGUAUUUUGGCACCAUGCCUUUCUUAAGAUAGUUUAAAAAAAAAAAUAUGCAAAGAAUGGAUUCAAACUUGCUAAAUGUCAAAAUUGACUAUCAAGUCUCUAGUUUAGGAACUGCUUAUUGUACUAGUUUAGAUGCUUAGCACUGCAUGUGCUGUGCAUUACUGAUUUUAAUACAAAAAUAAAAGUUGAAUGGCAAAAGA